UAAUUUGUAUGCUCAGAUACAUUGCACUUGGGAACGUUCGGAAUGAAUCUGUUUGUUUCCACUUGCAAUAAAACCCUCUUUUCCACAACCUCAUUCUUCUCAUUUCUCUUUCCACCAUUUUCUCUCCCUUUUUUUUGCCCUAUCUCAUAGGGUUUCCUCCUCCUUCUCUCUCUCAUGCAUUUUUGCUCUCACGAGUUCUUCUUCGCCUUUGCCCUCUUCUUCUUCGCUUUCUCUUCUGUGGAACAAAGCAGAUUUCACCUCUCGGGAUUUUCUGAACUAAGCCCAUGUCUAAAGUUUUCAGCUUUACCGGAACUGAUGAUUUUCUCCCUGGGGGUCCUAUAUAUCCUAACCCCAAGGAACCAAGUCUCUUCUUGUCUCGUGGCCGUCAAGUUGAUGUUUACUUUCCUCUUCAGAAGCAAUCUCGCUUCAGUGUUCCAUUUGACAUCAGUGGAGAAUGGUUUGAGCAGAAGCAGAAGCAGAAGCCAAAGACAAGUAUUGAAUCUCUGCCAGAUGAAUGCCUCUUUGAGAUCCUUAGAAGGUUGCCUUCAGGUCAAGAUAGGAGUAUCUGUGCUUCUGUAUCCAAGCGCUGGCUUAUGCUUCUAAGCAGUAUUUGUAAGAAUGAAAUCUGUAUCAAUGAAAUUACCAGAAAUGAAAACGAGGGUGAGGAUCAGGAAUAUAGUGACGAAGGAUACCUAUCCCGAAACUUGGAGGGAAAGAAGGCUACAGAUGUUAGACUUGCUGCCAUUGCUGUUGGGACAGCAUGUCGAGGAGGGUUGGGGAAGCUUUCAAUUCGUGGAAGCAAUUCAGAUCGUGGGGUGACUAAUGUAGGUCUCAAGGCAAUUGCUCAUGGAUGCCCCUCUCUAAAGAUUUUCUCUGUAUGGGAUGUUGCUACCAUUAAUGAUGAAGGCCUGAUUGAGAUUGCUAGUGGGUGCCAUCAGUUAGAAAAGCUUGACCUUUGCAAGUGCCCCAAAAUUUCUGACAAGGCUCUAAUUGCAGUCGCAAAGAACUGUCCAAAUCUGACCGAGUUAUCAAUAGAGUCAUGUCCUAGCAUUGGUAAUGAAGGUCUAAUAGCUAUUGGGAAGUCGUGUCCAAAUCUAAGGUCUAUCUCAAUUAAGGAUUGCUCUGGAGUUGGUGAUCAGGGAAUUUCCGGCCUCUUGUCCGCGGCUUCUUUUGUUUUAUCAAAGGUUAAGCUUCAGUCGCUGAUGGUUUCUGAUCUCUCUCUAGCUGUGAUUGGGCAUUAUGGCUUUGCAGUUACAGAUCUUGUCCUCAGUUGCCUCCCAAAUGUCAGUGAGAAAGGGUUCUGGGUUAUGGGUAAUGGCCGUGGACUGCAGAAACUAACUUCAAUCACAAUUGAAUGCUGCCAAGGAGCAACAGAUACUGGGCUUGAAGCUAUUGGAAAAGGUUGUCCAAAUGUGCAAAACUUUCAGCUUCGUAAGUGUGCAUUUCUGUCAGACAAGGGGUUGGUAUCAUUUACCAAGGCUGCUCCAUCAAUUGAGAGCCUACAGUUGGAAGCGUGCCACAGAAUUACCCAAAUUGGGCUUUUCGGUGUCUUUUUUAACUGUGGUGCAAAAUUGAAGGUUCUUACUCUGAUUAGCUGCUAUGGGAUCAAAAAUCUUAAUAUGGAAUUGCCAGCAAUAUCACCUAGUGAAUCAAUUUGGUCAUUAUCAAUCCGUGACUGCCCUGGAUUUGACAAUGCUACUCUUGCUUUACUUGGAAAGCUCUGUCCUCGGCUUCAGCAUGUUGAAUUGAGUGGACUUCAGGGAGUAACAGACGCAGGGUUUCUUCCAUUGCUUGAGAGCUCUGAGGCUGGUCUGGUUAAAGUUAAUAUAAGAGGUUGCAUAAAUGUGACAGACAGAGUAGUUUUGUCCAUGGUUAACUCACAUGGAUGGACUCUUGAGGUGCUAAACCUUGAUGGCUGUAUAAGAGUCAGCGAUGCUAGCUUGAUGGCAAUUGCAGGCAAUUGCCCAUUGCUCUCUGAUCUCGAUGUAUCCAAGUGUGCAAUCACCGAUACUGGUAUUGCAGCCCUUGCACGUGGAAAGCAGCUCAACCUGGAGGUACUUUCUUUGGCAGGUUGCUCUUUGGUUUCAGACAAGAGCUUGCCUGCGUUGAAGAAACUGGGCGAUUCUCUUGCAGGAUUAAACAUCAAGCGUUGCAAUGCAAUCAGCACCCGCUCCGUAGACAUGCUUUUGGAACAUCUCUGGAUGUGUGACAUCCUCUACUGAACAGAAAAUGCCUCAGCUUUUAUAGUUAGUGUUGCUCGGUAGUGUUUUUGGGUCCAUUGGCUAUGGGUCUUGGUCAUCCGGUACUCAGUUCUCUUUUUCCAGAGCAUACAGACAUUUAAUAUUUAUUUUUGCAGGUUUCCUUUAAUUGGAAGUCUGUUCAAACUUUUUUGGCAUUCUAUUGAUAGAUGCUACUUUUAAAAUGUCUGUUUAUCUCUGUGAGCAUAGUUACUGGGUUCUGGGGUUAGAUAUCUUUCUUUCUAGUGUUGGCACCUGAUGUUUUUAGCGCUGCUUUGUAUCGGUUUUGCCACCUUGUGUGUCCUUGUCCAUGUUUCUUUGCAGCAGUAUUAUGUACCCAGUCUGUCCAGUGGUGUUUGCCCAAAUUUUUCACGUAUUUGAGCUAUGUUCUGUACGUGAGGUUUGGGUCAAAGUUAUGGUAAAGGGGCAUGUUUGAAGUUCCAGUAUAUGUGCUGGUGAUGUUCUGGUUACUUUGGCAGUUCGGAGUUAUGAAGCCUUUGUCUUCAGGGGCUUUGGCCAUGGCAGCAAGUUAUACAGGUCUGUCAUGACAAUCUUUUCCCUUUGGGAUGGGUUGUUUUUUUACUACCAAGCCCUAUUUUUUUAGGCUUCAUUUUUUUUUUGAACUUGUCAUAGUAACCUCUGUUUUGUAAUGAUACUGAGAUAUGCCCCUUGUACUGUAUGUUAUUCUAUGAAAAUAAGGAAUACAAAUUUGUAGUCCCAUUCCAAAAAA